AUGGCAGGCAAUGGCGAUCAUUGGACGAAGAAGGAGAUUUAUACGUCGGAACUGCGUGUCCAAAGCCGUGGACAGGUUCCCUCGAUCGUCUCUGAAGAUACUGAAGUAUACAUCAUAAUCGCAAAUGCAAAAGCACUUAUAGAAUGCGAACAAUGCCGCAAAACUUUCAUGAACACAUUCUGCAUACCGAAGACUCUCUGGUCCCCGGCAAUCCGCAACUCAAACGGCUACUUCGGAUGCGAAGCAACCUACGACACCAACUCCGUGGCGGGAUUUAAUACAUGGGCCUACUUCGAAAUGAAACACCUAGAGCCAGACAUGGAAUACGACUGGUCCAAAGCAAGCACCUUCACGCGCUGGACAACGCACACCAACCAAACAGCCUUAAUCUACUUCGACCCAACUCACCGAAUAGCCCAAACCCCCGACCUAGAAGAAGCAUCACCCGACAUCCUAAAAGACCCCUUCUGGAUCUACACCCACAUCCUAGAAGAAAUCAUUCCGCCGUCUGGUCAAUCAGGGACCACGUCCGCGCUCUCGAGAAAGCAGAAAGCAAGAAACCCCCCCGGCAGACCCCAACCCAAUUAUCGCCGUCUCCACGAUAUAGUUCACGUUACGGAAUCUCUUGACGUCGCUGUACAGACUAUUGAGCAACUUCUCCGACACCACCAGCGCUACGCGCAUAAACCUCCAACACCAGCUCUCAUUUCUACAGAAAGCUUGAAUGACGAUGAUACUACUGCCCCUCCUGCUACCGGCAGUACUAUUACAGCCCCCCUUCCCCAAUCAACAUUCCAACAAAUCCAAUCCCGCCUCGAAUUCAACCAAAGCUGCCUAACAAGCCUCCGCCACCGAAGCACAGCCAACGAAAAGCGUCUCGCCCACGAGAUCCAACUAGCCUUCAACACAGUAUCCCAACACGACGCAAAUCUAUCCGUAAAAAUAAGCCACGCAAUGAUGUCCGACAGCACCGCACUGAAAACGCUUGCAUUCGUCACAUUCGUCUUUCUACCGCCAACAUUCAUCUCGUCGAUAUUUAGCAUGAGCUUUUUUAAAUUUGAUGAUGGGUUUACGAUGAGUGGGGAGAUUUGGAUUUAUUGGGCUUUUGCCCUACCUACUACAAUUGUUAGUACGCUUAUCUGGCAGUUUUGGCAUAAGAUUUCGCCGAGGCAGAGGAGGGAACGGCCUUUGAGGAAUGCGGCGACUUUUGAAUUGAGGGAUCUUGUUUAG